ACAAUCAAGAAGUAAAGUCAGUUUUGUCGACCACCUGCCACACUGAUCAAUUUAAAACAGUGACACGUACUUUUUCUGGUGACAAAUAGCGAUUUGCGUCGGAAGUGGAGUGGACACAAGUGCAAAAGAUUCAAUCAUCUUCCUUCGAGAAGUUGAAAGUGACGAAAAUGUCGCGGAAUUAAUAAUUCGAGAGUGCAUCUGCGCGACUGUUACAUCCAGUUGACAAUCAGGAAGAUCUUCCGUUUCUCGAUGUGAAAGCGACAUGAUAUCACGCGUCACUCUUACUUCGCGCAUUCGAAAAUAGAUUUGGACACGUAUUACAUAACAUAAAACAAAUAAUGUUGCAUUUGUACGACGCAUUACAGUGAGCGUGUUAAAAUAAAUGAUUAGAAACAAGAUGUUGAAGCCUUCAUCAUCAAUUUUUUCGUUUUUAUCUUUUUUCACAAAGCAUGUACGUUAUGAAAUUUUUAAUUGUAAUUUUCAAAACUUCUGCAAACUGAACUCACGUCACAAAAGAAUUUUUUUAUCAUGUAAUUUAAAAUAUAAAUUGUAGUAAUUUAAAAAAAUGUAUAAAUGUAUAAAUGGUAAUAAUUAACCUUUAAAUGGUUCACACUUCUUUCGAGCAUCCACUAAUGGAACACUGGUGCCGCGACUAGCCGGCGAAUAGUCGCGACAGAUAUCUUUGUGCAAAUGUCAGCAAUUCGAAAAUUUUCGCCGUGCGAGUUUGAACUCUUGUACCAGUUGAAGGUUAAAAGUGUAAUCUUUGAAAUUAAAGAUAUCGGUGACAAUUAUUUAGGGAGCUAGAAAGAGAAAGAGAAAAGAAGAAGAGAGAGGAAGAGAAAAAGGAAAGAUUCACUAAAGCAGAAUUUCAUGAAUCUCUUUUUGGAAUAAUGGGAAGUACAUUCCUUCAGCAUUGCAAGACUAUGCGUUGCCCAAGUAGAAACGUAUCGUCAAUUCUGGUUUGGAAGGGAAAAAGAAAGGUGUGGAAGGGGUUCCUUUCUACAGAAGAUGCGAAACGGGUUCCUGUAGCAAGUCUAAGUACGGUCAGUACUGUUGAGACUUUCGCGGUAUACGUCUCGUGAUACUUUCGCAGGACCACGCUCUAAAUAUUAUUUUAAUUGAUUUUACUCAUCAGUGCCGUCAUUUCUCUUAGAUCAGAUUGUUUGCCUUUAUAGGUGAAUCAUCAUUAUUUAUUUAUAACGCAAUAUUCUGAUGUCGAGAUAAAGCAACCAAGAUGACAAAAAAUAUUCCGGAUAAUUCUGUGAUAACAGAUGCGGUGGAGGAACGACUGCGAAUUAUUCUCACCGAAGGCUCCAAAAGUAUAAUGGAUUUCGAGAAUAUGAAACCAGAAUUACCGCCAUUCUACGACGAAAAGAAAUUCCGGUUGGGUCAGCAAGCCUUUUAUAAUAACGUGUUCUCUAUGAUGAUCGCAAAACUUUGCGGCCUCGUGUCCCUCUUAGCCAUUUCAAAUAUAUUGGAUGUAGUUAUGUUUACCAAAAAAAGCGGUACUCCUUGUUUGGCGUAUCGCAGAUAUGCAGAGACGAUUCUUCAUACAUUUAUAUGGCAUGAAAAAGAUCCCAAUGGAAAACCCAAUGAAUUUUUGGAAUCUCUAAAAAUCGUACGUCGAAAACAUUGUAUUGCGUUCAAAAAAAGCAUUGAAGCUGGUAUUCAUAAGCCAACGCAAUUGGACAUGACACUCGCCCAAUUCGGAUUCAUCGGCUACAGUAUUAUAAGCGAAGAAUAUUUAGGAAUAAAAGUCACUCCUGAGGAAAUGGACGGUGUGGUGCAUCUCUGGAGAGUCAUUGGCAGCAUGCUUGGAAUGGAAGACAGAUUUAACCUAUGCACGGGAACUGUCGAAGAAACCCGCGCUCUUUGCCAAAGACUACUAGAAGAGGUUUUUGUUCCUUGCCUAUCAAAUAGAAACGAAAAUUUCAAUUAUAUGGGCACUGUGAUGUUGGAGAGUCUCUGGCCCAUCAACUUUAAUAUCGAGCCUGUAGCGUUCACUGCUUUUACACUUUACUUGGCGUCUUCGACUGCGCGUAACAAUAAUCAUACCAUCGAAAUGGAUACUUCGACUAUGCCAUAUUACAGCCGGUAUUUGUUCAACUUACAACAUUUUGUACUGAAAUACUUGAUGCGACCUAGUGCUUGGUGGUCCCCAUUCUUUCGCGCAAUUUUAAAUGGUUUAAUGCGACACUCGAUUUUCUUAGUAAGAAAUUUUCCCUAUCUCGCUUAUUGGAAAUAUGGAAAAGAUUACGCAAAGGUCAAUAUAUUUCAUUAUCACUUUGACUGACAGUUUAAUUCAAAGUUUAAUUCAGUUCAAAUUAACAAAAGAUUAUCGGCUACUUUAUAAAAAAUUAUAUUAAAAUGAGUUUUAAUAAAGAAAAUCCACAUACAAGUAUA